GGGUGGGGGAGGCGGAGGACGGUCCUCCCGGCUCAGUCGAGCUGUCGGCUGGCAUCGCGGGCGGCAGCAGGUGCACCGGCCAGGCGAGCACCCCGGGGUUCCGGCCGCCCAGGUCUGCUCAUCCUGGGAGCCUUGAAGUCCUGCUCAUCAUAAAGAUCAGGUGACCAGUGACGUCAGCCAUGUCUGUGAGGCCUUUUGAAAGUCCACCUCCUUACAGACCUGAUGAGUUCAAACCCAAUCAUUAUGCACCAAGCAAUGACAUGUAUGGCGGAGAGAUGCACGUUCGGCCGAUGCUCUCUCAGCCCGCAUACUCCUUCUACCCAGAAGAUGAAAUUCUUCACUUCUACAAAUGGACGUCGCCUCCGGGCGUGAUUCGGAUCCUGUCUAUGCUCAUCAUCGUCAUGUGCAUCGCCAUAUUUGCCUGUGUGGCUUCCACACUUGCUUGGGACAGAGGCUAUGGAACGGGCCUCUUUGGAGGAAGCCUAAACUACCCUUAUGGAAGCGGCUUUGGCUAUGGAGGUGGCUAUGGAGGCUAUGGUUAUGGCUAUGGUUAUGGCUAUGGAGGAUAUACAGACCCAAGAGCAGCAAAAGGUUUCCUGUUGGCCAUGGCAGCCUUCUGCUUCAUUGCUUCCUUGGUAAUAUUUGUGACCAGUGUUAUAAGAUCUGGAAUGUCCAGGACGAGAAGAUAUUACUUGAUUGUGAUCAUAGUCAGCGCUGUCCUGGGCAUCCUGGUGUUUAUUGCCACGAUCGUGUACAUAAUGGGAGUCAAUCCAACUGCCCAGGCUUCUGGAUCGAUGUACGGCUCACAGAUAUACACCAUCUGCAGCCAGUUUUAUACUCCUGGAGGUACUGGUCUCUAUGUGGAUCAAUAUUUGUAUCACUACUGUGUGGUGGAUCCCCAGGAGGCUAUAGCCAUUGUCCUGGGGUUCAUGAUUAUCGUGGCUUUUGCUUUAAUCAUCUUUUUUGCUGUGAAAACCCGAAGAAAGAUGGACCGGUAUGAUAAGUCCAAUAUUUUGUGGGAUAAGGAACCCGUUUAUGAUGAACAGCCCCCCAAUGUUGAAGAGUGGGUUAAAAAUGUGUCUGCAGGCACACAGGACAUGCCUCCACCCCCAUCUGACUAUGUGGAAAGAGUUGACAGUCCGAUGGCCUACUCCUCCAAUGGUAAAGUGAAUGGCAAGCGAUCAUACCCAGAGUCUUUCUAUAAGUCAACGCCUCUGGUGCCUGAAGUGGCCCAGGAGCUUCCUCUGACCUUGUCUGUGGAUGACUUCAGACAGCCUCGGUACAGCAGCAAUAGUAACCUAGAGACACCUUCGAAAAGGGCUCCCACAAAGGGAAAAGCAGGAAAGACGAAGAGGGCAGACCCAGACCACUAUGAAACAGACUACACCACAGGUGGCGAGUCCUGUGACGAGCUGGAGGAGGACUGGGUCCGGGAAUAUCCACCUAUCACUUCAGAUCAACAACGACAACUCUACAAGAGAAAUUUUGAUGCAGGACUACAGGAGUAUAAGUGUUUACAGGCAGAACUGGACGAGGUUAAUAAAGAGCUCUCUCGUCUAGACAGAGAACUGGAUGACUACAGAGAGGAGAGUGAAGAGUACAUGGCCGCUGCUGAUGAAUAUAAUAGACUAAAGGAAGUUAAGGGAUCUGCAGAUUAUAAGAGUAAGAGGAAUUACUGCAAGCAGUUGAAGAGCAAAUUAUCCCACAUCAAGAGGAUGGUGGGAGACUACGACAGACAGAAAACUUAGACCUUGCUGGAGGGGCGAGAGGUGCAUCUGCCUGCCUGAUGUCUCUGCACUUCUCUCCGAGGCACACUGACUUCGGACUCUAAUAUGGGAAGUUAAAACUUUGUGACCGUUGCAAAGUGUCUAUAGCUUUAAUACCAUCAGUUUCAUAUCUCCAGUAUUAAAGCGGUUUAUAAAUGGCUUUUGAUAAUUGACUGGGCAAUUAAGAAUUUAACAGUUUCAACAUUGAUUCUUGUAUUAAGAAUGAAAUGUUGUUUGAGGUUUUAAAUGUAAAGAAAGGUCCUGGUGUGAACUGUGAUGUGGAACAUUCACACGCCGGACAGUGAGGUAUGUCUUAAUCCCAAGUGUGUUCCUCCAGGCAGACCAUUAAUUAAUCUUUGCAGCAGCCCUCAGGUGACUGCUAUUUAUAAUCAGGUGAUUUUUGGUUUUUGAGACAGGGUUUCUCUGUGUAGCCGUGGCUGACCUAGAACUUACUCUGUAGACCACCAGGUUGUCCUUGAACUCACGAAGUUCCUCUGAGUGCUGGGUACAGGGGUUAAAGGCGUGUACCACUACCAUCACUUUUCCUGUAAGGAAACUGGGUCCCUGCGCUGACAUCUCUAAACUGAAACUGCUUGCUUCACAAAGACAGUUUUGGCUAAGUCUGUUUUAUGACUCUGCAAGUGACAGCAUUCCUGCCUCUUGUAUUACAAUACAUUCCUACCGCUGUUUUUCUUAUAUUUACUUUAACAAAUGAAUAGGAUUAUUUUUGGCUUUACAUUUUUCCUAACACCUAAGAUCAUGUAAAACUAACAACUAUGUGAUAUUGAAGAAUUGUAAAUAAUAUAUAUUUACAUUUGAAAGAUGAUUUUAAAUCUGGGGUUAAAGUGCUUUGUAAUCUUUUAUAGUUUACGUGCUUUUUUUUGAUAACCCACUAGACCUUUCCAUUGUAUCAGAGUACCCAAUUACAUUUAUAAUUAUGACUUGAAUUGUAUUUCACAGGAAUGCUCAAGUUUUGUACAUAUUUUAUAAGGUAUUAAACCUGAUGUUCUCUUUCUAUAA